CAAUUGGCAUUGGGAACUUACAUAUUCGUCAAAGCUGCAAAGAUAAAACUUAACAAUACCAAUUGAUAUCAAACUCUGCGGCAACGACAGCCAUUCAAUCGCACCAUCCUUCGACCCAGCUAGAAAUCUACAUCUCAAUCAACCAGCAAUAUGUCCGAACCAAGGGCUCGCGCCGCCAAAAAUCGCGGGCAACAAAACUUCACCGAAGCAGAACGUACGUUUCUUCCAGUCCUCUUCAAACCUCCAUCCAUUCCAUUCCCCAGUCAAACCCUAAACUAAACCCCCAACGCAGUAAAACACUUCCUCCACGCGCACGGCGACGUACAACACGCACUAGAAAGUACAACCAAAACGCUCGACGAAAUCGUCACCGAUUUCAUCAUCGAGCUCUGUUUCGAAGCAUCACGCGCUGCGCAAAUAGCCGGUCGACAAAAAGUCAAACUGGACGAUAUUAAAUUUGCUUGUAGGAAGAAUCCAGCUUUUCUUGGGAAGAUUACAGAGGUUUUUGAAAAGAAAAGUUUUAUUGAUGAGGCGAAGAAGACGUUUGAUGCGACGGAUGAUAAGUUGACGAAGUCGAGUGGGGGGAAGGUCGAGACGUUGGGGGAGGAGGAUGAUGAUGCUGAUGUGAUGAAUAAUGUUAAAGGGGGGAGGUGAUGGAUCGGGAUGUGAAGUUGGAAGUUUGAGGUUGGGAUUGGGUUUUUGUGGUUAGGAUUUGGCUUACUUUCGGAUACUUUGUGUUUGGCGCUGCAUAGGAUAGGAUAUGAUAGGAUGAUACCCAUACAGGAGUUCAUUUUUCGGAAUCAAUCAUGAUUAUUUGAAGUUUUUAUUAUGUUUGAUAGUUAAUAUCUCUUCUACGUCUUUUACUACCUAAGUUGAUAUCUGAA